GAAGUGCGUUUUGAAAUUAUAUUUUCGUGAAAUUUUGUGUACGACUGUAUAUCAAACUAUAGCAUUCUAUAAAUCAUGGCGAGCAGUCAGGAGGUUAUUCUAAGUGGCCGCCGCACGGAAUCUAUUGAUGCCCCAGCCAUUGAGAAGUUGAUAAAUAAAGAAACGAUAGAGUUGUUUGGACGGGUCGACAUUGUCCGUGUAAUCGAGAAAGCCAAUCUGGCAGUGACUUUAGUUAGCCAAGAAGAUGAAGUUUUUGCAAAUGCAGCAUUCUUUGACUAUCCCAAUUUUAAUGUUGACGAAGCUAACUGGGAAGAUUUACUUCAGAAGACUGUUGAUAAACUUUACCCAACUGCUCUUAACACCUUGUUUUUGAACUUUUUUGCAUCCAAAGCUGACUAUGUUUCUGGAUGUGCAUCGGAAAUUCUCAGAACCGUGUUCAAUACAGCACCUUACAUUGAAUAUAUCUUCCUAGUUAUUCCACCAGCUGACAAAAACAAAGAACGAGUAUUGCUGAGUCUGUUUCAUGAAGUUCAUUUUAACGAUGAUGUGAAGAAAGGGCGACCUAUUGGCGAAUUUCAUGUUGCGAAACGUUUUGAACACGCUCCAAAAUUACACAUGAGACCAGCUAGUGUCGAAGAUCACGAUGAUUUGAUGCCAAUAUUCGAUGAACAAAGUGAAACUUUAAUAAAUUCUUACGGUGAUUUUUUUCUGAAUGAUCUCAUUGAAGCUGAAGAUGAAGAUAAUAAAUGUCUUGUCGCUGACGUAAAUAAUGUCGCUGUUGGCUUCAUGAGCAUAAGUACCAACGUGAAUGUACAGUUUUUAACGGAAUAUUUUCAUCUUGCACCGUUCAAUGAUCUCAAAGCAGUUGACUUAGAUUGGCCAAGUGUGUUUUGUAUUGAGCUGUUUUGUAUUGAUGAGAAGUACGAGGCAAGGUCCAUGGAUUUUCUUCCUGCCGCAUUCAAGCUCUUUCCUGACAAAGAUUACUGCGUGAUCACGAUGCCUCAUAUUGUAAAUGAAUUUCCACUGAUUCAGGAAUUUACGCGAAUUUCUCCCAAAGUUCGUGCAACAAUAUCACAAGAGCUCUAUGUCUUCCAUCGCUGGGGAUUAAAUCGAUCAAUCAAAGUGAGACCAGCUGUGACAAAUGAUGUCAUGGCAAUUGAGAAUCUAGUAGAUGAACUGUCUGGCUCCUCCCUUCUUAUGAGAGACGUGAAGCAGUACAAUAUAUCUCACAGAGAUGAGGAUGGGCAAGAACUUCAAGUUUUUGUAGCUGAAUGCCUUGGGCUAUUGAUUGGAGUCACCGUAAUUCGUCAAGAAGAGAAGAUUGAGUUCAUACGAGCGCAUUUCGCUAUUGAAGAUUUCAUUUACUAUAACUACCAUCAACGCGAAGAACAUGGUCGUCUUUUUCAUUUUAAAAUCAAUCCUGUGUUUCAACAUUACACUCGGCAUUUCCUAAAGGAGACCCUGCGUCUUUCACGCAAGUCCUGUUUGUAUUAUUGUCUUUAUCCUGAGAGCAUAGGACCGGAAAGAACGGGUACCAAGGAAUACACCAUGAUUUCAUGUCUCAGUCAUCUUGUUCCUGUAAGAGGUCGGCGUCAAAUCAUCUAUGAUGAAGAAGUUCUUGGAAAGAAUGCACCGUUUAAGAAUGUUCUCAUGAAACAGGAACCUUUUGCGAUAUACCAUUUGAACAGAAAGUUAACUUUAGAGCCGAAGGUUAUAAUCAAUGCGAGGAUUGUUGUCGUUGGUGCAUCGGAUGUUGGACUUUCAUUUCUGGAAAAAUUUUGCUUCUGUCCACAUCUUCAUUUCAAGAACAUUUCGCUUAUAUCACCGGAAGGAUUGCCAAGCGAUAUCGACAAAUGCUCAGAUGACAUGCGUCCAUCCAGCUGUUGUUAUGCAAGAGACAGUUACAGUAAGAUGUCCCUAAAAACAUGGGUGAACAUCAUUGAAGACCGUUUGGUCGCAAUCGAUCGAAAACAGAAGGUGAUCAAGACAUGUCGAGGACAUGAAGUACCAUAUGACUACCUCGUGUUGUGUUGCGGUGAACAGUUUCAAAAUGCUGUUCCAACAGACGCCGACGUCGACACGUUGGUCACUACAGCUGAGAUUCCAAUAAAAUCAACUCGACAUUUAACCAGGGCUAACGAUAUACCUUGCAAUGUUUAUACGAUCAAUUCACAGCGCGAUGUUCUUAGUACAAUACACUGGAUCGAGACAUCUUUUAUCCCAGCACAAGGUAAAGCAGUCAUUUAUGGCGCUCCUUUAGCAGCUUAUACAUUUAUGGAAAGCUUGUUGACACGUGGUGUUCCUGGUUCUAGAAUAGUUAUGGUAAAACCUCCACAAAACAACUCCCCUUCAUGUUUCAACAAUCCGGAAAUAGAUCACUUCAUGAAGAAGUGCCUUGCAAAUGAAGGUGUUGAAUUUCAUGAUGAUUACACUCUUGCAAGAUGGAAUCAUGGAGAGGAAUCAAAUCUGUUGAAGAAUGCAACGUUUACAUCCGCUAACAAACCUUUAAUACUAGAUUGUCAGGCGUUUUUCUGUUUUCAAGACAAGAAUGUUGACUAUCAAGCCUUUAAAGCCAUUAACGACAGUUGUUUGGUGUAUGAUGGUAAACUUGUUGUUGACGGAGAUUUUUACACAAAUGAUCCGGCGAUUCGUGCUGCAGGCUCGUUGACAAAAUUUUCGCGGCGAUAUUAUGUUGAUUCAUGGAGUCAUGCGAAUUUUAAUUCGAAUGAAGUUGGUAGAUUGCUUGCAGAGUGCUUACUUUAUCUAUUUGAUCCAACGUUACAAGCUUCCAAAACCUCCCGUGAAAGUUCAACUCUCAUUCCCGUUUUUAAAGAACCAAAGAUUCAAUACGCAAUACUACCCGGUCCGUUUCAUUACCUUCAUAUUGGUAAACCUUCACUGUCCAUAGCAUUGGAUUCCUUGAUGGCUCAACACGAUUACGGUUUUGUCUUGACUACGGGUGCGGCGGGUGACGAAGAUAGAGGAUAUUUUCGCCUACAUAUCAAUCAAUAUGACAGUAUCGAGACAAUCACGUGCUUUUCAAAACAGAAAAUCGAUGUCGAAAACCUUAUCUGUCUUUAUGGCGUCCAUGCAAGAUUUUUAAAUAAUUUAAAGCAACGCUAUAGAGAAGGGUUGAUAACGGAUUUUUACAGUUUCUUCCGGGAAAGCUGGUGCGUGGCCUUGUUUCACGAUCGCUUUAAAGAUCUAAAGAAUGAAAUACGUGAAAUACUUUCCAACGCAAAGGGUGAAGAUUGUGAGAGUAUGAAAGAAAUGGUAAAGAGAAUGAUUGAUGAAGAUUUGGAGCUAUCUCCAGUCGAUCGCGAUGAUUUGAGCAGCACCUACAUGAGCUCUUCUGCAAGAAUUGAAGUCGAGAAAACAUUGUUGAACUUUCUUAAUUAUAAUUCUGCUAAUCUGCCGAUGUACGCACGACCUGGUAUGGUCUGAUAUUUUUAAAUUCUCGUAUUUUUUUCUUUUCUAUUUAAUUUAAGCAAAACUUUACAUUUUGUAAAUAUCUCACAUUGCAUUUGAUAAUGAUGGUAAACCAGAGGUUAAAAUUGGGAUUUUCCUGUAUUAUCGCGAGAUUACGUAUAAAUCACGCGAGACUAACACAAAGCCCUUAAACAAAGCAUAGUCGUCUUUCUUGGAUCGUAUGAUGAAGAACGAUUUUCUUUCAUAAUAUAAUUGCCAUAUGUGAGAUUGUAUUAUCGUGAAUUUCUUUGUGCUAUUUUCUGCAGAUAUUACAAUGCGGAAUUAUAAUUCUAUUACCUUGU